AAUUCAACCUCUUGUAUUCCGCAUUACCUCUUUUCUUUUUGCGGCCCGCUCCUUCUAGUCGCUUAGGCGUGGUUCGAUUCAGAAUGGCUCCCACAGCUCUCGCUGACCUGUAUCCAAUCCCAGCCCGGCAUUACAACAAAAAUCAAGUCCAAGCGUCGGUGCUAAGUGGUCCAAAACAAUUGUCGCUGGAAACACGAACUAUAUCCGAUCCCGCACCCCACGAACUCCAGGUCCAGAUCAAGGCUACUGGCCUCUGUGGAAGUGAUUGCUCCUAUUAUAGCAAGUUCCGCAACGGAGACCUGCAGGCCCAUGAACCCUUGACUCUUGGCCAUGAAUCGAGUGGUGUCGUCGUUUCCAUCGGGAGCGCCGUCUCGGGCUUCCAGAUCGGUGACAGAGUAGCACUUGAAGUGGGAGUGCCGUGCGACAACUGUCGGUCAUGUCAGCGUGGUCGAUAUAAUCUCUGCCCAUCGAUGCGAUUUCGAAGCAGUGCUAAGUCAUUUCCACACUAUCAAGGAACGCUCCAGGACCGGAUAAAUCACCCGGCGAAAUGGUGUCACCGUGUCCCUCCACACGUCUCCGACGAAGCUGCCGCUCUGCUAGAACCUCUGUCUGUUGCGAUCCAUGCAACAAGAAGAGCCACCAUCGAACCUGGAGAUACGAUUGUGGUUUUCGGAGCGGGCACGAUCGGACUCCUCGUCUCAGCAAUGGCUAAGCUAGGUGGCGCCGAUGUAGUCAUUGCAGAUAUCGACAGUGGUCGUGUUGCAUACGCGCUCAUGAAGGGGUUCGCGUCGAAAGGCGUCGUCGUGAAUCAGUACAGCGAUGCAUGCCAUCUAUCAGAGCAGCUCCAAGCGGCCAAACACGUUUCAGACGAGGUCUUGCGAAUUGCGUCAUCGGGCGAAAUGGACUUUGAGGGGGCUGAUGUGACUUUUGAUUGUACCGGAAAGGAGAUAUGCAUGCAAGCCGGGCUACAUACGACUCGUCCAGGAGGACAGCUUGUGAUGGUUGGUAUGGGUACACCCAUCCAAACGCUCCCAAUGUCCGCUGCGCACCUCAAGGAGGUGGAUAUCAUUGGGAUUUUCCGAUAUGCCAACACCUAUCCCACCGGUAUCAAGCUACUCUCAAGCGGCCAAAUCCCUUGUCUUGACGACUUGGUGACUCAUCGGUUCGAAGGGCUGAAUACCGUGAAAGAGGCAUUUGAGCUGGCUGGGAGAACGUCGGACGACCAAGGUCGACUGGUUCUGAAGGUUGUCGUAAAGACGGUUUAAUGACAGAAGUUGCGGGGAUUGAGCUUCAAUCAACAAAGACUAGAUCAAGGAAUAGACUCGAACAAAUAGAUGGAACUGGGUUUACGGAAUAAGGGAGCAUUAUGCUGAAGGGAAAGAAAUUGGACAUUUCGGUUUACAAAAAAGGAAACAGACUGGUGCGCUACAUGGAGUGAGGUGGAACAUGACAGGAAUGGCAUGACCAUACGAUUUUUGGGUCAUGGAUAAAUCCACGGUUCCUACAUCAAAGGGGAGCACUAUUAGUCUUUAAAUCACCUAAAUCCACCAUCGUCUGGCA